AUGCCCCCUGCCCCUCCUCCUGCACCCGCAGAGUGGAAGCCGAUUUGGACUGCCGUUAUGUUUUGGGGAAUCUUCAACGGAGUCACUCCAAUGGCUUCCCCCCCGCAAGCGCUACAACUUUGGCUCUGCCGCGCCUACCUCUGGGGCGCCGAGGACGGACCGCUCGGACCUUCGCCCGUGUCGCUGCUGAGCUUCCCGCCCCAAGCUGCCGGCAAAAGUGCCGCGGCGGUGUGCUGCGCUGUGUGGAGGCAAGGAGACACGGCUCCCUACGAGGUUGCCGUGGCAUCGUCAGACCAGCGGUUGGGCUUCGGCCGCCUUGCUCUGGGCAGCGAUCCCGCUGCGGGGUUGCGCCUUCCUCCAGUGGACUUUGACUUCCCCGGGAUAUCGGUGCCUGCGGCCCAUGGUCGAAGUCUUGUCACCGCCGUGCAAGCGCAGUUCCACGGCUUUGGCGUGUCCGUCUUCUCAAGUGGCCUCGAUGGGCUAGUCCGGGUCUGGGACCCACACACGGCCUCGGAACUGCACCAGAUGGUGGUCGAGCCAGAGCGGGGCCUGAAUUCCGUGGCAGCCAGCAGCCUGGAUGCAAAGUUGCUCUGCUGUGGGGAUUCAGGGCAAAGCAGCCCGGGGCUGGAUCUUGGCCACUUGGCCAGCGGCCCCGGCAUGGCGAAGCCGCUGGUAUCGCAGCUGUACGUCUGGUAUGAAGCACUUAAGCUGGUCAUGAGAUAUACAACGGACAACAGGCAGCUGCGGCGACAGUUCCUGGUGUUGGGCCUGGCGUCGGUUGUGCGGACGGGAACGCUUGUGGCCAAGAUGCGCAUGAACGAGAUGCAGGUCUACUAUCAAAACUCUGGUCAGGUUCGAAGAUGGGUAAGGUCAAUGAUCGACGGCAUCGUAGCAUGCGCCGUCAUCGCCGGGCUCAACAGCUGGCAUUCUUAUGCUGAGAAGGCCCUUGCACGGAUGUGGAGGCAAGCGCUGACCACUCGACUGCAUCAGCUGUACUUUGCCAGCUCUCACUUCUAUCAGAUUGCUCAGGGCGGACAGGCGGAAGGCGCUGUGGCAGAUGCAGACGUGCGGUUGACAAGCGAUGUCCCAGCUUUGGCGUCCAGCGUUUCCAGCCUGCUCUCCCAGAUGCUGGGAGGAAUUGUUGAUGUGAUCGCGUUCUCGAUGAUCCUGGCAAGGCAGGGACGGAAGGGCGUCCUCUUUGCUGUGACCACGCAAAUCUACGCCAUCUCCCUCUACAUCACUGCCAACUACAUCAUGCCGGUGGAUUGGGCCGGGCUGCUGGGUGGCGCUGCCGCGACCGACUCGGCCUUAAAGCAGAGCCUGAGCCGUGCGGAGACGCAUGCGCAGGCCAUCUGCGCGCUGCAAGGAGGGGCUCCCGAGUUGCAGGAUGUCAACGGAAACUCGGUUGGAAAGCUCCGAACCGCCUUGGCCGCGAAGUGGCGAGCCUACGUGGGCCAGGACAGGCUCGACACCGUGCUGUACUACUUCAUCUUCUCCUGCCUGGAGCAGUCGCCGCUGGGCUGGCUGACGUACCUUUGGGGAGUUUCAGGCCUGAUGGCUGGCCGAUCGGUGCGGGCGGGGGAUGACGCAAACCGCGUUCUGGGCUACAACGAGCGCAGCCACUUGGUGGCCGAAGGCUACAGUCGUGGUAUCCAGCUGUUCUGGGGUGGCAACUUCUUGCUCUGGGCCACCUUCCGCAUUGUGUUCGCACUGCACCAGGUGCUGCAGAACUAUGCGGCCAUCAUGCGCAUUCAGCAUUUGGAGAAGAAAUUGGUGGCCACUGCACAGCCACAGACUCGCGUCCACGUGUCAACCGAAGACCAGAUCGAGUUCAAAGAGGUCUCCAUCCACACUCCCAGCAACGCACUGCUGGUGGACCAGCUAUCUUUUUCUGUCCGCUGGGGUGAGGCCUUGCUUCUCACCGGCCACAAUGGCGCAGGCAAGAGCUCCAUCUUCCGCUGUCUGGGUGGGCUCUGGCAGAUCCAGAAUGGAAACAUCGUGCGCCCGAAGAACCAAAUUGAGAACGAUGGAAUCGGCCUGACUGGCGUGGUAUACUACCUUCCCCAGAGGCCCUACAACGCUCUGGGCACUCUGAUGGACCAGUUCUGCUACCCGGACCCAGUCCCCGACACCUUGACCGAGAAGGAGCUGCGAAGGUGGCUCGACUUCGUGGACCUCGGCCACCUCGCCGACUUUCCAGGCGUAUUCACAGAGCAGAUCGACUGGGAGCAGGUCCUGUCGCGGGGUGAGCAGCAGCGGCUCGCCAUCCUCCGCCUGUUCUGGCGGCGGCCCAAGUUCGCUGUGCUCGAUGAGUGCACGUCCGCGGUGAGCGGGGAGAUGGAGCGGCGCCUUUUUGAGCUGUGCCCCAAGUUGGGAAUCUCAUGCAUCACCAUCGCUCACCGACCUGCCCUGCUGCAGUAUCAUCAGCACCAGCUCAUGCUGACUGGAAAGCCUACUGAAGGGGGAGGCUGGAAGCUGACAAAGAUCGAGAACGGCUCCCCGACCUUCAGCCCAGAGGCCUGCAAGGACGUCGAUGCCCCUGGCCUCAUUGAGAAGUACAUGGCCGGGCGUGCGAUCAAGCUCUCCGAGGCCCGGAAGACGGAGUGCGCUGAGAUCGCGCAGGAGCGCUCGCGCAAGUUCGAGGCCUGCAGCACCCGGUCAGUGCUGCCGCGGGAAAUGGAGCCCAGGAUGUACCAUCCUGCUCUCUUCACAGGGCUGAAGCAGCCCGCCGCUCUCUGGCGGCUGGCUGCCUUUGCGCUCUUGCUGGUCGUGCGCUGCCCCUUGCUGGUGGCAGGCUGGAGGUCGGUGGGCGACAUCAUCGUGAGCGCACUGUCCGGCGAUAGGGCGGCCAUUCGCCGGGCUUUCUGGAAGAACAUGAAGGUGACGCUCGCGACGCUGGCCCUGGAUCGACUCAUGAAGCGCCUCUCGCAGCGCCUGGCCUUGCUUCUGCAAGAAGGGCUGUCCCUGAAAGUCCACGAGCUCCUGCUGAAGAAGCAUGCCAUCCACCAUGGCAUGGCCUGGCAGCUGCCUACCACAUGGCCUCCGGCCGCGCGCGCAGGCGAGGUGGCCGGCUUCGGAGAUGUGCUGCUGGGCUUCCUCGAGACGACGCUGAAGCCGUGCGUGCUGGCGUUCUACGGGGCGGCCCUGUCGCUGUCCACCGGAGGCUGGAGAGUGGUGGUGCUGUACUUGCUGAACAUGCCCCUUCACGGCCUCGUCUCGCGCUAUGUGAUGCCGAACUACUCCAUUCACAUGGGUGGGCUGGCGGACAAGGAGGCGAAGUUCAAGACGGUUCAUGCGCGCUUCCGCCAAAACUUGGAGCCCAUUGCCUUCUCAGGGGGCGGUCGGGCCGAGCAGCGAAUCGUCGAGGAGCGCUUCGAUGACGUCAUCCGAACUCAGCAGGCACUGGAUAAUGAGGACAUUCUCUACCGGGCUGCCACCGAUUUCCUCACGGAUGGCAGCUUGCUGCCGCUGUCCUUCAUGCGGGUCUUGUCCAUGUACUACACCAUGAAGUACUCUUCAGCAGCUAGCCAGGGCGCCAUAUCUCCGGCAGAGCUCUAUGGCAUGUGGUCUUUUGAUCGUGGAACGACCCUGGCCUUCAACAACAUGAACGCAGUGUGCAGGUUGCCAGAACGGCUCACAGGCCUGCAUUUCACCUUGGCCCGCAUGUCUGAGUUCCUCAAUGGCCUCGAGCAUGCGGAGAGCCUGGCCCCGAAUGUGGCGACGGCCCAGAGUGUGGCAGCAGACCCGGUUCUCCAAGUCCGAGACGUCGACAUCCUGACCCCGUUGAAAGGUGAAGUCUUGGCACUCAAAGUGGGCUUCGAGGUGAAGCCCGGAAAUCCUGUGGUUGUCACGGGGCCCAACGCUUCAGGCAAAUCCUUGCUCGCAGGUCACCUUGCCGGACUUCGUGCACCAACCACCGUUGAUGCUUCCGUGGAUUUUUGUGGAGUGUCCGUGUUUCGCACACGGCCAUAUCUCACGGAUCUCUUGCUGAUCCCGCAGAAGCCUUACCUGUCUCCGGGAGGUCUUGGGGAUCAGGUGUCCUAUCCGCUCAGCGGCCUGGAGCAGGAUCCGGAGAAACUGCAGCAAGCCUUGGAUUCAGUCGGCAUCGGAUAUCUCGUGGAGCGCCACAAAGGUUUAUUCGCCACGCCUGAGCUGCAGUGGGACGAGAUCUUGUCCGGUGGUGAGCAGCAGCGCAUAGGCAUCGCGCGCUGCUUGUUCCACCGGCCACGGCUGGCCAUCUUGGAUGAGUGUACCUCCAUGGUUUCCCAGGACACCGAGGUUGAUCUCUACAGGACCAUCGCAGCGGCGGGUUCUGUGCCGAUCACCAUUUCUCAGCGCCUUACCCUCCCAGACCUUCAUGCGCAGGAAGUGCAACUGGGCUGUGACACGUUGGCCGGCUGGUCGUUGGAAUCUUGCCGCCCAAAGUGA